AUGGCGACUACUGAAGAUAAAACUAUAUUUAAUAAGAUCCAAGAGCAAGUUACUCCGAGCGAAAUAGUGGCGGAAGAAGCGAGUCAACUAAUAUGGCGGUAUAUGUCUCCAUUACUACUGGUGGUUGGGACAAUCGGAUCAGUGCUAUCAAUCUCUGUAUUACUCCGCCCCAAGAUUCGAAAAAUUACAUCUAUGUAUCUCUUGACACUUCUUUCUUUUGCUGAUUUAAUUGGCCUUUGGAUGGGACUUCUCAGACUCUAUCUUUCAAACGUAUAUAAUUUCGACAUACGCCUUCAGUCUGAUUUUCUUUGCAAGUUACACACUUUCCUUGUCUAUUUUGUUCUUGAUUUCGGGUCCUGGUUGCUGGCUUUAAUUGCAAUCGAGCGCUUUCUCUUAAUAGUUCGUCCUUUCAUUGCACGCGACCACUGGAACCGAUCAAAAGCUACACUAACGGUGAUAGCCACCGGCAUUCUUCUAACAAUAGUCAAUGGUCAUUAUAUAAUAACUUAUCGUUUAAUAAAAGUGUCUUGCGCUUAUAAUAUCGAUGAAAUUUAUUGUAAUGAUAACUGGGAUGCAGCCUAUUUAAUAAAAAGAAAUUAUUCUGAUGACAAAGAAUACGUAACGUAUCGAAUCCCUUUAUCAACUCCACAGAUGACAGAAAACGUUGCCUGUAAAUCGGAUGAUGGAAAGAUGUAUUUUUAUAUCUAUAUUUUCCCGUGGAUAGAUUUUCUCUUCUUUUUCUUCUUGCCGUUUUGUAUAAUGGUCAUUAGUCACGUGUUCAUCAUUGGCAAAGUUCGAAAAACUAAAGUAAAAAUGCAAAAGAAAAGAAUGGCAAGAUGUGCUACAUCAACGACACCAGCAACCGAUCAAAUCUCAACAGUCACAGAAACUACCAGAACGGCCUUUGCGGGCAUCGUGGGUAAAAAAGAAAAUACCUUACUGUCAAAUAAUUCUAAGCUUAAUGGAACCGAAGUGAAGACAGGUUCAGCAGAACGACAAAGUAAUCAAAUGUCGAAAGUGGUCGGUCUCUCAGCAAUGUUGUUAUCUGUGUUAGUGGCAUUUGGUCUCACAACAUCUCCUAUCACCUCGUUUCUCAUCUGGUCUCGUUUCGAUGAGGAAGACAACUCGGCAUAUUAUAGUAUUAGCUGGGCUGUUGUUAAUAUGGUCCAAUACACAAAUAAUGUAUCACAUUUCUUCCUUUUCAUUCUCACUGGAACGACAUUCCGCCAAGAACUUUUGCAAAUGUUUAGAGGUGUUUCCAUAUUUUUCAGACGGAAAACGGAUAUAACACCCUUUGGAUAG